AGGUCAGAGACUCAGAGACACAAACCCGCAAACUGUCUCUCACACAAACUCUGGCGUUUCGCGAAAUCCGAAACGUUUCGUUUUGGAACAGAGGAUAAAAUUAACACUCCUCAAACCUUCCUUUUUCUCUCUGCAACCGCGUCGCCAUGGCUGAGCGCCGCAGCUCCGAAGCUCUCCCAGCGGAAGCUCCGCAGCUCCAUCCAAAACCAAACGAUUCUCAAGAUAAAGCGGAAAACACCAAGGAACGAGUCGCUGAAUCGCCGUCCGCUGCUGAGUCGCAGCGCGACGAGUUACCGAGUCCUAACGACCCUCGUACGGAGUCCAAUUUAGAAACCCUAGCUGCCGUUCCCUCUUUGGUUGAAUCCCUUGCUGUGCAGCACCGGAGUGACGAUGUGCAGGGGAGCUCUACUACGCUGAGUUCGGGUGACAAAGCCGAAAGUAAGGAGACAGUUGGACCUCCUGAAAAGGAAAUUAUUGCAAGAGGAGCAGCCCAAACACUUCAAAGUCAGACAGAAAAUCAGCUUCAGGUGUCUGUGUGUUCAACUCCAUUGUCUGAACGAUCACCAACUUCUGUUACACAAUCUUUAUCAUCUGUUUCUAGUCCAACUGUACGAAAACUGAAAAUAUCUACUACUCCAAAGGUUAAUAACGUGCAUGUGCCAGAAGAAGAUAAAAAAAAUCCUUCUGGUGGUAAAACCUUAUCUGCUGUUUCUGUUGCAAGGACAUCAGGAUCUGAUGGAUACAACUGGCGGAAGUAUGGUCAGAAGCAAGUGAAGAGUCCUACAGGUUCUCGAAGCUAUUACAGGUGUACUCAUGCAGACUGUUGUGCUAAGAAGAUUGAAUGCUGUGAUCAUUCAGGUCAUGUGAUAGACAUUGUUUACAAAAGUGACCACAGUCAUGAUCCUCCGCGGAAGACUAAUUCCAUUAGGGAAAGUAAGUUGCAGUCUUCCAGUGAACCUACUUUGGAAAACAGUGUUACUGAGCAGCCUGUCAAAGUUCUAAAGGAUCCUGAUUCAUCCAUUUCUUCAAAAGAACUUCUACAAGAAACACCCAGCAGUGCUGAUAAGAAACGGCAAAACUCAUCUAAUAUCAGUGAUAAUGGUAAAGUUAUUUUGGAGGAACAUGAAAAUGAGGCAGAGCCAAAAAAAAGGAUGAAGAAAGGUGACUUAACAGACAUGGAUUCUCCCGGAAAACCUGGAAAGAAGCCCAAGCUUGUUGUACAUGCAGCAGGGGAUGUGGGGAUCUCUGGUGAUGGUUACCGAUGGCGCAAGUAUGGACAGAAAAUGGUGAAGGGGAAUCCACAUCCCAGGAACUACUACAGAUGCACUUCUGCUGGAUGUCCUGUCAGAAAGCACAUUGAGAUCGCUGUAGAUAACUCAGAUGCUGUCAUCAUAACAUACAAGGGUGUACAUGACCAUGACAUGCCUGUGCCCAAGAAACGACAUGGCCCACCAAGUGCUCCUCUUGUGGCUGCUGCAGCACCUGCCUCCAUGAGCAGUUUGCAGUUGAAGAAAUCCGACUCCCCGCAAAACCAGAAAGUUUCUACUCAAUGGUCAGUGGAUACUGAAGGAGAACUAACUGGGGAAGCCCUGGACCUUGGGGGUGAGAAAGCAAUGGAGUCGGCUCGAACACUACUGAGCAUAGGUUUUGAAAUUAAGCCCUGCUGAAUUCAUCUUUUAGAAACCAUGCAGCUGUAACUAUAUAAAUUAAUUGGCAGGUCUCUUGUAAUUUCACUGGUUCCCAUGUUUAUCCUUUCUUGUUUCUUUGCUUUUCUUCCCCACGUAGGCUUCUUGUGGAACAGUUGGUGUGUAUUUGCUUGUACACCCGUUCAACUUGUCUGAAACAGUUUGCUAGUAGUGGAACGAAUAUAGAAUUGAUUGGCAUCAUUUUAUUCUCACGGUCAUGGAGGGUACUGAGUAGCAAUGCGCCAUUAUCAUAUCCACUCAAAUGAUUCGAUUUAAAGAUUGUGGCAGCAAUUGCCCAAACGUUGUCUAUUCAACAAAUAGGUUUAGAUGAGAAUUGGACUUGGGCUCGUAGAGCAAGCAUUUGUAUAUAUUUAAAUGCGUAAAACGUGCAUUUCAUAUUUGGCGGUGCGUGGACCAAAAGAUUUGAAGGUGCUAUAAUGUUUGUAUAUCAUCCUAGGCCAGGGCUUAUAUUUCAUACGGGGUUUAGGGUAAAUGUAUAAAUUUCAGUUGUAUAAAUGCUUGUAUAAUUUUUUUACCCAAAAAAAAAAAAUCCAAUUGGAUUUAGCAUUUCCUUUUGUAACAUUUCUUUUUUGUCAAUUUUUCACACAAUUUUGGACGAGAUUGAUGGUCAUGUAUUUUUCCCCCCCUCAAAGUAAUGAUUUUAAUCCUUGAU